CAACAAAAUCACAGUUUCACUUCGUCAUUCUCUCAGAAAAUAAAAAAAAUAUUAAAAAAAUUGAAGAUAAUUACUGUUUUAGUGUGUUUUAAUGGCGACUGAAGAAAGUAAUCUUACUCAAGGCAUUUAUGCUUCUCAACAAUCUUCUCUUCCAGACUACCCUCAGAUGAUUAUGGAAGCCGUUGAAGCGUUGAGCGAGAAAGACGGGUCGAGCAUGGCAUCAAUCACGAAACAUAUCGAGUUGACUCACUCGGAUCUACCGGAAAAUCACUCCACUCUCCUUUCCCACCACCUCAACCUCAUGAAACAGAACGGUGAGCUCGUAAUGUCGAACAACAACUACAUGAAACCCGACCCGAUUGCCCCACCCAAGCGUGGACGUGGACGUCCACCGAAACCCAAGUCCCCUCUUCCGCCCGAUGCCGUCGUGUCACCGCCCAGGUCACGUGGUCGUCCGCCCAAGCCCAAGGAUUUGUCAGCUCCCCCUAAGCCGAAAACCCCCGUGAGCACUGGAAGGCCACGUGGACGUCCACCUAAGAAAGCCAAGACUACCGCCACCGCCGCCGCUCCUCCUCCGCCACCGGGUGUUAAGCGAGGCCGCGGCCGACCGCCGAAAGUGCAACCAUCGGUAGUUUCUCAGUAAAGUUGUGAAGCUUAAUCAACAAAAGAAAGCCCGGCGUCGUCACUGCUCCUCCACUAGCCGGCGUUAGCUAGAGCUUUUUUUAACCAUAAAUUUUUUAGGUUUGGUUUAGUUUAGUUCUCUACUAAUUGACGUUUUAGCUCUUUUAAUUAAUUUUUAGUUAGUAUUAGGGAAAAGUGCUGUAAUGUGUGUAUUAGAGGCUUUAGCGACUCUGUAAUUUGGUGAUUUAUUUUAGACUCUUUUCUUUA